CUCCGGACAGUAAAACGCGUUCCACAUGCUUUCAACAUGGCGAAUCACCUGCGUUUCGUGGCGCGGACGGUUAUGGUGCAGGAUGGAAACGUAGAAGCGGCUUAUCGCGCUUUAAACAGGGUGCUGACUCUGGACGGACUCAUCGAGACGGUCCGACGCAAGCGCUACUUCGAGAAACCAUGCCGACAGCGCCAGCGGGAGCAUUAUGAGGCAUGUCGGCGCAUUUACAACUCGGAGAUGGGCCGCAAGCUGGCGUUUCUCUCGCGGACACACAGGCGGGACCCCUGGGCGGGCUGCUGAGUGGGGGAUGGGCAGGACGGUUCGCCGGGACCCCUGGGCUCCUCCCUCUUUGGCUCUCCCAGCCAGGGUCACCUUUAACCCUGCAGCUGAUUGCCCUCAGUCUGUCUCAGCCCUGAGUCACCGUGACUUUGUUUAAAUGUGAAGUUUGAGUCUGUCAUGUCCUUUGGACCUGGGAAUGAACCCUGUUUUGUCAGACUGUUACCUUCUCCUUUAUCUCAUGUUCAGUCCUCUUAUAUUGUGUCAAAAAAGCCAUAUUACCUGUUAGAUGAUUGACAAGUUGUAUAAAUAAAAUGCUCCAUCCACUGUAA